ACACGCGCAUCUCCAUGCAGUCAGAACAACGACGAGUUUACGAAGUAUGUUCAUAACGUUUAAGUAAGAGUGUAUUAUUGUACACCCACAUGGAUUUUAUAAUCACUAUCAACAGAUUAAAACGACACGGAUGAUAUACGGAUAAAAUCAUGGAAUUUCUGGAAAUGACAUUUUGAACUCGGUAUAUUUUGCUAGAUGUUCCCUGGUGGCUAUUGGAUUUGGACAGCAUCUUUGGUUUUUUUUUGGUCAACGAUUUCAAUCCUGUGAGCGGAUGGAGUAUUUUAAAUCGCUGAUAGUUAUUUGAUGCUCGUUUAAUUCAAGUUUGUCGGUGAGUUUUGAAGAACUGGUCAAUUAAAGCGCGUCUCGCCGGUAUGGUGCGCCUGCUCAAUUGCCUGGUUUUGGGGUAUUUGACAUGGAAUCUGCGGAUAUCUGAAGCCCGUGGAGAGUACUGUCACGGCUGGCUGGACAGCAGUGGGAAUUACCAUGAGGGUUUUCAGUGUCCGGAGGAUUUUGACACGGCGGACGCGACAGUGUGCUGCGGGAGCUGCUCGCUGCGCUACUGCUGCGCGGCGCCGGACGCGCGCCUCGAUCAGGGAACGUGCACUAAUGACAGAGAAGUGGAGAACAACACGCAAUAUGCUGCCCAGCCCAUCUACGUGCCCUUCCUGAUGGUGGGCUCCAUCUUUGUGGCAUUUGUGGUGGUGGGCUCUCUGGUGGCCGUGUACUGCUGCACCUGUCUGCGACCCAAACAGCAAACCCAGCAGCCCAUCCGCUUCUCUCUGCGCAGCCAAGGAGAAACCAUCCCCAUGAUCCUCACCACAGCUCCACCCAGCCUGCGCACGCCAUCCCGCCAGUCCAGCACCGCCACCACCAGUUCCAGCUCUGCGGGUGGAGGAAGCUCACUCCGCCGCUUUUCUCUGGGCCGCAGUGAAACGCUGGGUCAGUGUUCGCAACAACAACAACAUCAUCAACAUCAACAGCAGCAGCUCCUGGCGGUUUCAUCUUCGUCAGCAACCACUCCCACACAGCCUCUGUUACCUCCACCUCCUCCUCCGCCAUACACCACUAACUCUCUGCAGCAUGCACACACUCACAGAGAGCUGCAGCUCCACCAUCAGAGCCUGCAGAGCUCCGGCUUUCUCCUCCCGCAGCAGUUCUUCUUCCCCAUGCCGCAGGAGCCCUUCUCUACCAACAAGAGCUUUGCGGACUUCAGCCAGAGCUGACCUGUGACCUCCAGAUGCACCAAAACACUAGCACAAUGGGAACAAAGGAAAGUGGUGGCGUAUUGCAGAGUACGGUGAUCCAUAUUUGGAGCUGGGACUCGAACUUGUGACUUUGUAAUCACAAGUGCAACUUUCAAACCAUUCAGCACUUGCGACCUCCAGAUACCAUAAGCCGUGACAUACUUUAAAGUACGGUGACCCAUAUUCAGUAUUUGUGCUUUCCAUUCAGCCAUCUAGUGCACACAAACAGAAGUGAACACACACCUGGAACAGUUGGGGGCUCAGUGCCUUGCUCUUGCCGUUGUAUUGAGGAUGGUGAGAGUGCUGGUUUUUCCCUCCCAUCACCUGGGACUCAAACCUGUGACCUUCUGAUCACAAGUGCAACUCUCUGACCAUUCAACAUCUGCAACCUCCAGAUGCACUGGACACCUAACACUAGGGAAACAGUGAAAGUUGUGACAUAUUUCCAAGCACAUUGACCCAUAUCUGGAAUUUGUGCUCUACAUUCAACUCAACCACACAUACACAUUGAACACACACUCGGAUCAAUGGGCAGGCACUGAUGCGGAUGCCUGGGGAGCAGUUGGGGGAUUGGUGCCUUGCUCAAUUUGUGUUAUUGAGGGUGAUGAGAGUGCAGAUUAUUCACUCCCACCACCUGGGACUUGAACCUGCGACCUACUGAUCACAAGUGCAACUCUCUAACCAUUCGACAUCUGCAACCUCCAGAUGCACUGGACACCUAACACUAGCACAAUGGGGAAAAGUGAAAGUCAUGACAUAUUUCCCAUGGUGACCCAUACUCAGAAUUUGUGCUCUGCAUUUAACCCAUCCAAGGAUGCACACACAGCAGUGAACACACACAAAGCAAUGGAGAGGCAUUGGUACGGCAUCCCAGGAGCAGUUGGGGGAUCAGUGUCUUCUUCAAGUCAUGGUUUUGAGGGUGGUGAGAGUGCAGGUUAUUCACUCCCACCACCUGGGACUUGAACCUGUGACCUACUGAUCACAAGAGCAACUCUCUAACCAUUCGACAUCUGCAACCUCUAGAUGCACUGGACACCUAACACUAGCACAAUGGGGAAAAGUGAAAGUCAUGACAUAUUUCCCAUGGUGACCCAUACUCAGAAUUCGUGCUCUGCAUUUAACCCAUCCAAGGAUGCACACACACACACACACUCAGACCUGGAGCAGUGGGCAGGCACUGCUGCGGCACCUGGGGAGCAGUUGGGGGGAUUGAUGCCUUGCUAAAGCAGUGGUAUUGAGGGUGGUGAGAGUGCUGGUUAUUCACUCCCACCACCUGCGACUCGAACCUGCGACCUUCCGAUCACAAGUGCAACUCUAACCAUUCGGCAUCUGCAACCUCCAGAUGCGCUGGACACCAAACACUUGAACAAUGAGGAAAAAAAGUUAAAGUCAUGACAUAUUGCCAUGUACAGUGACCUAUACUCAAACUUCCGUUCCCAAGUGCAACUCUCGAACCAUUAGGCCACUGCUGGCCCAAUGGUGUAGUUGAAGACUCUCAAAUGCAUCUUUAAGCUGGAUUGGCACUUGAGAGGGCACAGCUGGAAGUUAUGAGAGAUUUCCAGAGGUCUAGACUCAAGUCAAUGACUUGCAACUUGACUUGGACUCGAGUCCCAAAUUUGAUUAAACAAGACUCGGGAUUGGACUCUAAACUUGACUGGAGACUCGCAAAACAAUGAACUGGUCUCAACCCUGUCUGAAAUCAGCAGUGAGUUGACUUGCUUGAGUUUCACAAAAAUUGUCUUGACUUGCUUUAGCCAUAAAGUCUAAAGACUCGAGACUUGCACUUGACUUGGUCCCACCAUUGGAGAUUAACGAGCGAUCAAUCUGACAGAUGUUUAAGUGCUGGAUGCAGCACAGCAGAAACAACACCUGUUUACAUCUGCUUAAAUGAGGAAAGAAUUGAGAAAGCAGCUGAAGCUACUCUGAACAUUCAGCCUCUGACAAUCCAAGUCCCAUUUUUAGGGGUUGCGAACGGGAAGAAGCAGAUUAAAUUGGUCAUCAACAUCAACUUUGUGUUUUGUACUAUUCUCUGGGGUCCAUUUAUAAUAAUAUGCUGAUGAAGACAUUCACAAUAAAUAAUUUUGAUGUAACAGUC